AUGGCUCGCCGACCCGCUCGCUGCUACCGCUACUGCAAGAACAAGCCGUACCCUAAGAGCCGCUUCAACAGAGGUGUGCCAGACCCGAAGAUCCGAAUUUUUGACCUUGGACGCAAGCGCGCCAACGUCGACGAGUUCCCGCUAUGCAUCCACCUCGUGUCCAACGAGUACGAACAGCUGAGCUCCGAGGCGCUCGAAGCCGCCCGUAUUUGUGCAAACAAGUACCUCGUCAAGGUCGCCGGCAAGGAAGGUUUCCAUCUCCGCGUGCGCGCACAUCCGUACCAUGUCAUCCGCAUCAACAAGAUGUUGUCAUGUGCCGGCGCCGAUAGGCUGCAAACCGGCAUGCGCGGCGCCUUUGGCAAGCCCAACGGUACCGUUGCCCGCGUCAACAUUGGCCAGAUCAUCCUCAGCGUGAGGACGAGGGAUGCCAACCGCGCCACAGCCAUCGAGGCCCUCCGCCGCUCGCAGUACAAGUUCCCCGGCCGCCAAAAGAUCAUCGUCUCCAAGAACUGGGGCUUCACGCCGCUCCGCCGCGAUGAGUACGUCGCCAAGCGCCAGGAGGGCCGCGUCAAGGUCGACGGCGCCUACGUGCAGUUCCUGCGCAACAAGGGCCCGCUCGAGUCGAACAUGAGGCGGUUCCCCGAAGCGUUUGACGUUGAGGCGUGA